CCAGGGGCCCCUCGGGGUCAGACAAGAGAGAAUAGGAGCCGAAACAUCUAGACCUCUAGUAACGUUGGCAGCGACGCAUAUAAUCGAAAUCUGCCUAUAGCACGAGUCAACUCCUGCCAUCAAAAAAACCACCCCAGACACCCUCGCAGAGUCGGGGGAAGAACGAAUAAAGGAAAAGAAAGAUGCCUGCCAUGACAAGGGACGAUGCAGACUACCAGCGACAGGUGGACGAGGAGAAUCAGACAUUCCUUGACGGGCUCGAGGCGCAGCAGAAGGUGGCCGGGAAGGGAGAAGACGUGGAGGAGAGCUCGUGGUACCCCUUCCUGAGUCAGCUACGGGGCCUCGUCGCGGACGGGGAGCUCUCGGAUGAGGCGCGGGCCGAGGCCCAGGACUUUCGCGACGAUCUCCUCGCGCGCGGGAGUGUCCUGCUCCAGUCCCGGGGCCGAGAGCUCAGCGACGCGCUCAACACGCCGCUUCGAGAGGAUUGCUGAGGGAGGACGACGGGAAGAGCUGUCGUCGUAACUCG